UCUCCCCGCGGGACCUGACCUGGAGCCCAGGCCGGGCCUGCCCUCGGAGAGCUCUGCCCCUCCAACUUGGAACCCGACCCGGAAGGCCCCAGUAAGUUCGAAGCAGCCACGCGGCGUGGGAACCCACUCCGGGCGGCGGAGAGGGGCGACCCAACUGCUGUGUGUGCAGUCCGCGCCUCCGGUUACUUCUCGCCCUAAUUGUUUACCCACACCUGAGUGUUUAUCCGUUCCUUUACCUGGCGUUCUGGGGCCGCCCCCAGCCCCGGUGCCGCCUCUCCGAGCCCUUUGCCCCGACGGGGACGAGGGUGAAAGCCCGGCGGGACGAUGUUCUACUAUCCCAACGUGCUUCAGCGCCACACCGGCUGCUUCGCCACCAUCUGGCUGGCAGCGACCCGCGGCAGCCGGUUGGUGAAACGGGAGUACCUGAAGGUGAACGUGGUGAAGACCUGUGAGGAGAUCCUCGAUUAUGUGCUGGUCCGAGUUCAGCCCCCGAUGCCUGGCCUGCCUCGGCCCCGCUUCUCCCUCUAUCUGUCAGCCCAGCUGCAGAUCGGCGUGAUCCGGGUCUACUCGCAACAAUGCCAGUACCUCGUAGAGGACAUCCAGCACAUCCUGGAGCGCCUGCACCGCGCCCAGCUGCAGAUCCGCAUUGAUAUGGUGGAGACUGACCUACCCAGCCUGCUGCUCCCUAACCGCCUGGCCAUGAUGGAGACCCUGGAAGAUGCUCCAGACCCCUUUUUUGGGAUGAUGUCUGUGGAUCCCGCACUUCCCAGCCCCUUCAGUAUCCCUCAGGUUCGACAGCUCCUAGAGGCUGUAAGCCCGGAGAGAGAGCUUGAGGAGGCGCCUCCUGAAGUCCCCAUGGAGCCUAAGAAGCCUGACAGGGUCCCGGUCACUGUGCUGUCUCCAGAGGCCAUCACCCUCCAGGAGGCGGAGCCCAUCCGCAUGCUGCCCAUCGAGGGUGAACGGGACCUCCCAGAGGUCAGCCGCCGAGACCUGGACCUGCUGAUUGCUGAGGAAGACGAAGCUAUCCUGUUAGAGGAACGGCGAGAGGCCAAGGAGGAGCCCCGGGCUCUGGAGAGGGAGAGAGCUGUACCCCCGCUCUCACCACCAGCUCUUGCACCGGUGGAAGAGGCCGCAGAGCCACUUCCGGUCCCGGCCCCCGAGGAGGUGAAGCCAGUAGGCUGGGAGCCCGAGGCCCUGCUUGCUGAGGUGACCCCCCCGCCGGAGCUGCGCCUGCCGGCCCCGCUCAGCCCAGAGAGGCUGCGGCCCCCGGUGCCCCCCUUUCCCCGGAGUCCACCUGCUCGCCGCCGCCGCCGCCAGUUAGUGUUCUGGGACAAGGAGACUCAGAUCUCCCGGGAGAAGUUCCAGGAACAACUGCAAACCAGAGCCCACUGCUGGGAGUGUCCAAAGGUGCAGCCUCCCGAAAGGACCACCAGGAGCCCCAUGGAGCUAUUCGGAAUACCAACUCACUCUGGCUGGCUCCCCCCAGAACUGCUGGCCCUGUGGACCCGCUGUGCCCAGCCACCCCCAGGAGCACUCAGGCGAAGGCCACCCCCGGAGCCUGAGGAGGAGGCUGAGAGGGAGGUGGCAGCUGAGGAGGAAAGGAGAAUGGAAACUCUCAGCGAUAUCGAGGUCCCAAGAGAGGCCCAGGAGCCCAGCGGGCCCCUCAUGCUGUCUGCAGAGCUCUCUCUCGAGGCGGCCGAGGAAGAGAAGUCCCGCGUCAGCCUCGUCCCCCCGGAAGAACGGUGGGCCUGGGCCGAGGCCGAGCAGCUGGAGCCCCCUGCGCUGCCCGCGGUGCCCGAGGUCCCGGAGCUGCCCCUGGAGCUGCCCCCGGAGCCCGAGCUGCUGUCGCCGGAGGCUGUGUGCAGGGCAGUGGCCCAGGAGCUGCAGGCCAACAGGGAGCCCGACUUUGGCAGCCUGGUGUCCCCCGUCAGCCCCCGCCGGAUGGCCGCCCGGGUCUUCUACCUGCUCCUGGUGCUUGCAGCGGAACAGAUCCUCCGCCUGGAACAAGAGAAGCCAUACGGGCGCCUCCUGAUCCUGCUGGGGCCCCGAUUCCACUGCGGUUAGCCCUGACAGAACUGCCAGGGAGCUGGCCUCAUUAAACACGUCUUGCUUGCCUCGAUUCCGAA